CAUCAAACUUUGAAUAAUACAAUCAACAGGAAUCAAGACAGCCCAGAUACAGAGAAAGGGAGAGGAUUUGAGAGAAAUAAUACAAAGAGGGAGGGAGUUGAAAGCUACCUCUCUUUUUGGAUCUCUCAAAAUAUCUUAGAUUACUUCUAUACAUUGUUUUUGUUUAACCCCAAAGAGCACUUUUUUCUUGUCAAUUCAGCAUUAAUUCCCUUCCCUAUUGCCUCCCUUCAAUUUCUUGAAAGGUUUCAUGUUUUGCUUAGCCUUUGUUGUUAUCUCUUGAGAAUUUCUAGUUGUUUUUGGAAGAAGAAAUAUGAGCAAAUCUCGAGUACAUUCUUCUCCAGAUUUGACUCCUUCUGCAUCUGAAGAUGAUUACGAUGAUUCGGGUUUAGAAGGGGUUGCAGCAAAUGUGAAAUUGCUGCUAAAACUAAUCCAAGAUCACAACAAUGCCUGUCACAAACAAAAGAAUGAUGGGAGGAGAAAGCUAAGAGUGGCUACAAUGAUGACCAUCCUUGACAAUGUUAGAACCCGAAUACAAAAGUGUCAAUUUGUUGGGAAUAAGAGAUCAGAAGCAGAACUGAGGCGAUGCAAUACAGAUGUUCAGGCUAGGGAUGUCACAAGGGAGAGCAAGCACGGAGGAGAUUUAGUUGCUGAUGAGCAAGAAAAGCUAAGAAAAGCAUUGAACGCGAGCUUGGCAGCACGAAAGAGUCUUGAAGCAAUGUGUUCAAGCCUAGGGAAAGAGAAAGAAAUCAUGGAAUCUGAACUCGCGAAAAAGAAUCAUGAGGUGAAUGAAAUGGAAGAACUGAUAAGCGACCUGAAAGAACAGAAUGAGACAUUGUCAGAGAAAGUGAAAGAAUGUGCUUCAGAGCAUAGAGACUACAACAAGUCUGCUGUAGGUGGUGCAGGAUUAGUAGUUGGGGCUGAUAUUACACAAGGACAUACCAAUGCUAUCCUCCAGGAGCGUAAUCGGGCACUUUCAGAGCAUCUCUUGCGAUCACUCGAUGGAUAUCGAUCAAUCAAAAGGAAGCUAAAAGAGGCAGUAGAGGAAAAUUUGGUAGCUCGAGUGAUGAUGGAGGAAAUGAUGGUCAAAUUUAAAGGAAGCUUAGAAAUAUUCCGCAAUUUCAAAGAAAAAAUAGCAGCAUCAGCCUUGAGUGAUCCUUCAGUUGAUGAUAUCCAAGAAGAAAUCAAUCAAUUGGAGAACAUUUUUGAGUCUUUAACAGUGCAGGUUGCAAAACAUGGUCAGAAAAAGGCAGAAUGCAUGAAAGUAAAAGGCGAGAUCAUUGGCAAUCCUUCAAAGGCCUCUGUUGUUGUAUGAGAAAAGGUGGGGUUAAAACUUAUAAUUGUGUGUUUUUUCGGAUAUAGUGAUGGUGAACACAACAUUUUCCUUCCUUUUCAAAUGGAGUACUUAGGGACAAAAGGAAAUGUGACAAAACAAGAUUUAUUA